GCACCCUAACGCCCUGACUCACCCACAACUAAAAACUGCUGCACUUGUAUGGCUGUAUGUGUUUGUGUAUAGUGUUUGCACCAUUUGGUGUGGUUUAGUGCCGUUUGUGAUAACAAGAAAUGACAAGAUGAGUAUCGUGGAUGAAACGUCAAAUGAGCCAAUAUUAUACGAAUUAUUGGAAUAUUUUGUUCGUAAGCAGGAACCAGAAUUGAUAAAAUGCAAGAACGACGCGGCUAUCCUCCCAACUACUGGCACAAUAAAAACUGCUCUCAGGUAUCUCAACAACAGGUAUUCCCUACCUGAGAGCAUCUCGCAGCAAGUCAGCCUCACGCUACCUUGGAAGUUUGCUGUGGGAGAUCACGGUCGGGUACUUGCUAUUUUACAAGAGAAUAUCAUUGAGAUACGAAAGGCUAAAGAUGAAUAUUCUUCCAUAGUAGGAAAAGCAUCUGCUCCAAAGGAUGCCUUUCCUCAGUGGCGUAAACUUGCGUGGAGUCCCGAUGGAAUGAUCUUAGCACUGGUCUCUAGUAGCGGCUAUACGUCUUUUUAUAACGCACUAGGAAAUAAUAUUUUUAAUAUAAGCCCGAAAACGAUUUCACAGAUUCCUCAUAUUCUUGAAGCUGGUGACGCUAUAGCAUCCAUGUUGUUUCUCAAGCCAAGGAUAACGAGUGAAAAAUGGACCUAUGAAUUUAUUUUAAUUUCGUAUAGCGGGUUGCUAAGAUCUUAUUAUAUUUCUACAGGUGGUUUCAGUGCAAAUUAUAAUUUUUCUUUUGGCAAUUUUUAUAAAAACGGUGUUAACAUUGUUGUUUAUGAUGAAAAACAUCAUUUAUUUUAUGUUGCUGGAAAUAUGUUAACACAAAAAUUGACGUCUACUGCAUCUGAAUCUGGAUUAACUUCGUGGCGACUCUUGAAUGAUUAUCCAUAUUGCAAAUUAUCAUUUACAUUUGAAGAUUCUGCUAUCAUUAAUUCGCGAUUUUCUAUAUGGAAUUUAAUUCCUAUUUUUAGUUUUCAAUCAGAAUCAAUUAUAUUUUCCAUAAAAAUUUCGCCAAAUGGCGAGUUUCUGGUUUGUUUGCAUAUGGAUGGUUCAGUUUCGCUGUGGAGUUUGCCAAACUUAAUAUUACAAAAAAAAUGGAAGUUGUCUGAACAGCCAGAAUAUGAUAUAUCUAAUCCUUUAGGAUUUACAAAAUCUAAAAAAUUUCCACCAGGAUUUACGGAAUUUCAUCCAAUAGAUAUCGGUUGGUGGAAUGAUCAGGUAAAAUAUCUGGUCAUUAAAAAUACAAAUGACAAUUUAAUAGCCGAAUCCGUCCGACCUACUAUUGUCGAAGAUUGUGAAAUUUUUAUUACAAGUAAAAAACGAAGUCGAGAACCCAACGAUGGUCAUAUGCCAGAAGCAUCAUCUGAAAGUGAAAAAGACGAUGAUGAGUUGGAACCUGUUACUUUAUUAAACUAUACUACGAAUUUGGUACAAAGCACGUUGUAUUCAAUAACCGAUAUUGAAAGAUUUCAACCAAGAAGAAAGAAAUCGAAAGUAUUGCAUCGAACUUAUAGAAUUUUAGGCUUAAAAAGCACUACUCCGGAAGAGCUAUACUCUAGAAAAAUAGACAUUGAGGAAUACGAAGAAGCUUUAGCUUUAGCGAAUACAUAUAAUUUGGACACAGAUCUUGUAUACCAAACCCAGUGGAGAAAGUCAGAAUUAUCCUUGAAUGCCAUUGCAGAACAUCUGAGUAAAAUAAGCAAAAGAUCUUGGGUUUUAAAUGAAUGUGUUGUACGUGUUCCUGAUACUAUGGAAGCUGCAAGGGAAUUAUUAAAUUUCGGAUUGAGAGGCGCAAAUCUAGAAACUUUAGCAGCUAUCGAUAUUUGUGAUAAUGACAAAUUUGUAACUUCCGAUAUAGACGACGAUUGGCAAACGCUAGAUCAAAUUACUGUAAGUUUAAGACAGGUACAGAAAGUCAAUGAAAUGCUUGAAAAAAUAGAUAUAAAAAAUUUAUCUGAGGCCCAGAAAGAUUUAAUUAAAUAUCGGAGGAAACUUCUAAAUCAUUUAGACAAAUUGCUCACAUAUGAAAUUAUAUUAGAGUCGCCACUCAAAUACAAGAAAGAAUUUUAUGAAGAGUUUCGAAGGUUGUCACCUAUUAAAAAUGCGAUUAGAUUUGCCAAAGAUAGUGAUUAUCGAGCCGUUGAAAUUAUGUUUACUUAUUAUGGAGAAAUUUUAUUGCCUCAUUGGCUAGCAAUUAUCAGCUUUUUUCCAGAGACUUUGAAUACAUUAGAUUACCAAAAAUUGCUACCAGAAUGCGAUUCAGAAGGUCAAUUAUUUUUAUUAGAUCAACGUGAAUUACGACAAAAAGAUUGGUCAGAAAAAUACGAGUUUAAUGAAGUAAUAAAUUUCGAUGAUCGAGCAGAAAUAUUAUAUGAAUUGGAUCCUUCAUUAUUAAUAUAUAGAAAUACACAGCUUACACCAGAUUUAUUACAGAAAUGGUAUAGGACUCGUGCUUAUGAAAUUGAAAAGAAUAGCUCUUUAGUAGAUAAUGCUUUGCAGUUAGUUAAAAUUGGAAAGUCUCAUAAUAUUGAAGGCUUGGAAGAUUUGUUAUUAGAAUUGGAAACUUUAGAUGAUCUUGUGUACACAGUACAUUUGGAGGAUAUGCCGUUAGAUAAAUUAGAGAAAAUGAGCAACAUGGAGAAGAUAAAACUUUUGAUGAGUACAUCAAAUGAAGUAAAUUUUGUUGAAAAUAUAAAGAAUCUUUUAUUGCCUUUUAUUAAACGAAGGCAUCAAUAUUUGGGUGGAGAUCUUCAGAAAUUCUUACUAAGUGAUUAUCUAAUCUGCUUAAGCAAAGAUGAUUUGACGUUUCCAGUUAAAUUCUUUGAGUGUUUAAAACAGACGCAGGACAUUGAAAUAAUUGAAUUGAUAGAUGAUGUUGUUACUUUAGCUUUAGAUUGUAUAUAUGCCUGUGAUGAUCUUGAUAUGCAUGAAAAAGCUAAAGAUAUCCUAGAUUCGAUAUCGAAAACUCAUGAAAAAAGAUCAAACGCAACACAAGAAGAUGUAUGUGAUAUGUCAUUAGAAGAAUGUGAAAGAGAACUUGAUUGUGUUAGAAUUUUAAGCAAAUACAGUGUAAAAACAACGUUAAACUUUAUACAAAAGAACAGAAACGAUCCUGAUGUUGCUAGAUCAUUGUUAAUUCAAACGGCAACCAGUUUAAAUAAAAGUUUGAUACCUCCAGAUGAAAGAGAAUGGGCGCAAUUAUUAAACGAUAUGUUAGAGAUACAUGGAUUGAUUUUUUCAUGUAUUGCUGUUGAAACCUGUUUCGAAAUAUGUGUUUCGGCCCGUUUACUUUCCAGAAUUAAAUGUAUUAUUCGUAAUUGUGUCACCUUAAUAGAAACGAAGAAAAAUGAAAAAUCUUUGUUAAAAGUAUCCUAUGAGAAAGCGGUUGAUCUUAUAUUAAUAGCGUCCAAAGAAUAUUUUAAUGGUUCAAGAACGCUUACCGAUCCACAUAUGGAAUUAGCUAAAACUUGCUUGGAUCUUAUUGAAGAUGAUAACAUAAACAUUAAAGAAGAAUAUGAUCUUAUUAAAUCGCUUCAAAUACUGAAUGAAUUUAAUAUCGAUAUAUUACCUCUUCAAGUUAGAUUAAUGAUAGAUAGAUUAAACUUAAUUGAACGCUGUUUAAAUAAUCAAAAAGAUGCUUAUAAAAAUCAACAAAGAUUAUUAAUGUUAGCAACUUAUUUACGAAUCGAAGGAAAUAAUAGUAGAGUCCGUGAAGGAAAAAUUUCAGAACUAAUAGCUAAAAAGGCAUUUGAGACUGAAGAUUAUAGUACAUGUGCUACAAUAUGUAUGCAGUUAACAGAAAAUAAUUAUCUUCCUGCUUGGGAAAUUUGUUUAAAUUUGGGACGUUGUGAUAAUUAUCAAGAUUUAAAAAUUAGACAAAAGUGUCUAUGGUUUGCUGUAAAUAAUGGUCCUAGUGAUAUAUUAGGUAAUGUUUUAGAACAUAUGUAUUUGUUAGAAAUACAAAUGCUACAUAAGAAUUUGGAAUUGUGGAUGCCCGUUGCGGAAUUUGAAAAUUUAAAAGAUGAAGAAAGUGAUACAAGCGAAGAUGAUUUUACAGAUGCUAUGACAACGCCGCAGAUAGAAACGAAAGAAUUUGUUCCAAAAAUGUUGGAAACUUCAACAGGAAUUGUAAAAAAUUCAGCUAACAUCAUGAAAGAAUCUACAUUUAGUUUAAUAAGAAAUAUCAGUAAUACUAAUUUUUGGAAGUCUAGAUUGAAUCUUAACUUUAAAAAUGAAUUAGAAACUAAUGCACAAUAUGAAUUUGAAGUGGAAAACAAGAAAGACACCGAUCUUCAAAGUUUUCCAUGCUUUUAUGAAUCCUUACACGAACUAUAUAAGAUAAGUGUUAAUGAGAUGAGUUACAAUAAGUAUUCUAUGACAAACGUAGAAAAUUCAAAAUUAAAAUGUUGUCAAGCGCUUUUAAGAAUAACCAUAUUGAGUGAAUCCUCUUGUUAUGGGCUAGAAAUAAGUGACAUUAAUCAUUUGCUUUUAGAAUGCGCAAAACACACUAUGUCAAACGAUUGGUUACUUAGUAUGGCGUAUCUAUUGAGUUUAAAUAGAGAUCGUAUCUUAGAUGCUCAAACAAUCUUUAUAGAUUUUCCACAAACUGAAUUGUAUAUACAGACUGCGCUCUAUUACUAUUCAUUAGAAUUGUAUAAGAAAUUAUACACUAAUUGUGAAAAGUUAUAUUUAUACAGCCCAUUAGAUUUAGUGAAAAUUAUGCUAGUUGCAGCACAAAAGUCUGAAGAAUGUGAUAUUGUUAAAACAUUACAAUAUUGGCAAAGUCAUCUACUCGGUGAAGCACAUAUUACUAGUAUGAAAGAAGUGAAAGUAAAAGAUAUAAAUACAUUAGAAUUGAGACAAAUUACUAUCCAUGUACAUUCUGAAGAAACUGUGAAAAUCUCAAAAUCCAUUAAUGAAGAACGAGUCUCAGAAUGUGUCGAUGUUACUAAUAUUCCAUCAAAUUCUAAGGCGAAUGAAGAUCUGAAAAUAGUUAUCUCAGAUGAUAUUGAGGCCGUAGAAUGGACGGAUGAUUGGGGUGAUUUUUCCGAUAAUAGCAUGGAAGCAAAUAACGAGAAGAAGGAUAAAAUUAAAUCCAAAGAAAUUUUACAAGAAGAAACCGUUCUUUCUCUUGAUUCUCUUGAUUGCAUCAUUGCCGAGUGUGAGACAGAGGAAGAUCGAUUUAAGCUAUUUAAGAAACGGUUCAAUCAAAUCAAUAAUUUAGAGCAAUAUCAGGAAGUAAAAAAAAUAAUAUCGCAGUGGCCGAAAUUUAAUAUGCCAGAUCAUAUCACAAUAGAUAAUCAUCCAGUUUUAAAAAUGAUGAAAGUGAUAAUUGCGCUUAUAGAACCGAAUACAGCUGAUUUUGAAAAAAUAAUAUUAGAAGAGCAUGAGAAACUCAUUGAAUUAUUAGCAUCUAAGGAGAUUCUCAAACAGUUUUUGAAACUUGAACGAAAUCAUAUUAGCUUUGUACAAAGCCUUUACAUAAGAUUAUGCUCUCAGGACGUCUUGAUGCAUAAAGAAGCAGUAAUUCUUAUUAAAGAACAACAGACUGUUUUGUUACCACCAUUAAUACUGGAGAAACUUUUCCGAAAUGAUUUAACAGCAUUGUUUAGACCAAAUCACAUUGUAUACAAACAGAUUAUCGAAUAUGUCUUUGUAAAUGAAUCUUUAACCGGCAUUGAGGAAAAUGCAAAAAUACUUGUAAAUGAGUUAAAAAAACAGAAAUAUAUACUAGAGGCUUUGCAUAUUAUAAAAUUAAUGGAGAGAAUAUCACCGGUCUUAUGCACAUUUGAUACUUGUUUUCAAUUAUUAAUACAGGAAUGAAUCCCGAAUGUAAAAAAUAACUGUGAUGUAUGUUGAAUAUAAAGGGAGAUUACAGAAAGAUAUUUGUUACAAGUAAUCUCUCUGUUUUAUAUAAAAAUGUUUAAAAGAUAUACAUGCGAUAUGGAAUUUAAAGUUGCCUCAGUUACAAAGUUUAUUAUAUUUCAUCGUAAUAAGGAAAAAACGUAAGAAAGACUGAAACAAUUUUAAAUCCUUUCGCGAAGCUUUCUAUGACUAUAUUUUGAAAGAUUUAUGUAUCUUUUGUGUGUAUGUGUGUGUGUGUGUG